UGUGCGCUCCUGAAGGUACAGUAGUCACAUGGUCCAAACGGGAACAAACUCCAUUACAACUCUUGACGGUGCAUACACAGUGAUCAAGCUCUGAGCGCAACAUGAUCAUCGACAGAAUUAUCGAGAACGGCCUGAAUCUUGUCCAUCCAGGGAAUGUUGUGACGAGCCCCGUGUAUUUGGGCUCUUUUUACCAGGAUACCUCAGCUGCACCGGAGAUCAACAACUCUCUCUGUGCGCCAAACGAGUUGGAUGGCUGGGGAAAUGUUAUGACUCCGCCAACUGCAGACAGUGGCACAAACGAGUGUUCCAUGAGUGAGGUGGGGUCUUUUGGCCGUUUCCAAGGAGUGCGGGUGAAGAAUACAGUGAAAGAACUCAUCAUGCUGAAGAAGCGCCUUAGCAACCAAAAUGUACAGCAACACUCUGAGAGAGAAUACACAGGGCAUAAGAGGACUGCGGACUUCAGCGUGAUAACCGAUUCACCUGCUAAAAGACUUGCUACUGCAAAGGCAAUCCUGACUCUGAGCCCUCCAGAGGGAAACACACUGGACAUUGACUUCAUGGAACUGGGAUAUGAGUCUAUGAACUCAGAGACCUCCCCACAGGAGACCCUCCCUGACCCCUUCAGCCUCAUUGACUAUCAGUCCCUCUACCCUCAAACCCACAUGCCACAUGCAAUGGGAAACUCCUCUGUCCCCCAGCCUUUCAUCGCCCCGCUGAGCCCAAAGGGCGUUUGGCCAUUGACUCAGUUUGCUGAAGGGGAGCCGAUGUCCUUCUUUCAAUGGCAGAUACGACAGGAAGAGGAGAAGUUGGCAGGGUUCACCCCCGAGAUGCUCACAAGCCAGGAUAAUGAUGGAGACACAUUCUUGCACAUAGCUGUGGCACAGGGCAGAAGGGCUCUAGCUUAUGUGCUGGCCAGCAAGAUGGCUACCGUCGGCAUGCUGGAUAUGAAGGAGCACAAUGGCCAGAGUGCCCUUCAGUUGAGUGUUGCAGCCAAUCAGCAUCUGAUAUUGCAGGACCUGUUGGCCCAGGGGGCUCAGAUCAACACCGCUGACUGCUGGGGCCGCUCCCCUCUGCAUGUGUGUGCAGAGAAGGGCCACGCUCUCACUCUCCAGACCAUCCAAAGAGCUCUGAAGGGUAAAGGGCAGGAGCUUAAUGUGGAACAAGUCAACUAUGACGGCCUAACUCCUCUUCAGACAGCGGUCCGGUCUCACAAUGCGGUUGUCCAGGAGUUGGGCCGUAUGGCGGCGGUGACCCCCCAGUCCCCUGGGGUGGUGGAGUUGAUGCAGAGAAGGAAGCUACUGGGGCAGUGUGUCAACACACUGCUGCUCAUGGGAGCCUCCUGUGCAACUAAGGAUCAUAAAAGUGGCUGCACCUCCCUGCACAUGGCUUCUCAGGAGGCCAAUGUGGAGCUUUUACGCAUCUUCCUCGACCAGCCAGACUCUCUGUCUAUUGUCAAUGUCAAGGCAUUCAGUGGAAACACAGCGCUGCACUUUGCCAGUUCUGUGUAUGGUCGCGUGACUCAGGUGGAUGCUGUGAAGCUCCUGAUGAGGAGAGGGGCCGACCCCAGCUCCAAGAACCUGGAGAAUGAGCAGCCUGCCCAGCUGGUGGCUGAAGGGCCCGUCGGAGACCAGGUGCGGCGUAUCCUGAAGGGGAAAGGCUACCAGGCCCGGUCUGCUGCCCAGUAGGAUGCAGGAUGUGAUCUCCUGUCCAGAAACACUGUCAGUCAGACAGUCCAGUCUAUGUAGAAAUUAUUUGCCAUCGUAUGUAUGGCAGAUGUCAGUUGUUUCAAUGAAACAGUGAAUGUUGUUCGCUACAGUGUAGUGUAUUUUGAGUAACCAUGUGAUCUUCUCCCUUAAAGGGGCAAUCUGCAGUUGUUACAUCAAUUUUUGGACUUGUAAAUGAUUCAUAUGUACCCAUUGCUUCUUGGAGAAUAUAACUUAUAAAUUCAUCAUGAGCUUAGUUCAACUGUCGUACCCCAUCAGAACCCAAAAUAUAUCAUCUUGUUUUACUCCAGUGUUUGUAAACAAAGUACAUGGAAACAAACACUAUGAAAAGUAGCUUCAAAAUAUGGUUCAAACUAUAAUGUUGAUAUCAUGGAUGGUUACUCCUUAGCCGUGUCUAUGAAUUUGAGUGUUAACAUUUCAUUAGCCCCAUCCCUCAGCUUUUUACUGAAACGGGCAGGGAAUACGCUUUGUUCAUGUUUCAACUGCUGAUUGCCGCUUUAAGGAAUGACGCCUGAAGGGGUUUUCACCACUAAACCACUUUGGGUUGAGUCACAGGUUGACUCACCUGUAAUGCCGGUGUGAAACACCUUGAGCUGGAAUGUGCAUUGUAGCUAGGGCUCGACCACAUAGUAACAGUGUAAUGUAGCUAGGGCUCGACCACAUAGUAACAGUGUAAUGUAGCUAGGGCUCGACCACAUAGUAACAGUGUAAUGUAGCUAGGGGUUGACCACAUAGUAACAGUGUAAUG